AUGAACUCAAAGGAAUUUGAUGUGUUUAAUUUACAUAAAUUUCAUUUAUGCCAAAUUCAUAACCUAAAACUGUAAUUAGUGUGCUCCAAUCCAUAGUGUAAAGAAAAUGGAUUGAUUUGUAUUGACUGCUUGCUCAAGAACCAUAAAAAUUGCAAUUAAUAUAUUUAAAAAUUUGAUGAGUAUCUAUCAAAGUUAUAGAUUAAAAUACAAGAUAUUAAAAGCAAAAAAGAUAAAGUAUGUAUUAUGUUGAUGACAAGAAAUUUUAAGGUGCACAGACAAUCUUAUAAAAUUUAGCAAAUUUAUAAAAAAAAGUUAAUGAACUAAUUUUAAAACUAUAAUUUGUAAUUGAUUAAUUUAAAUAUUUUAGUAAAUUGAAACUUUUUUGUUGUAAGAGAAUUAAAAUCAUUCAAAUGGAAUAAUUAAAAAACUAGUUUUUGCUAAUUUAGAAGCAGAAAAGGAUAUAAUAAAAGAUUUCAUUUAGAAUUAAGAAAAAUAUACAAUAUAUGAGGAAGAAUAUCAAUGGGAGACUUAAGGAAUUAUAAUAAUUGAAUCUCUAACAUAAAUUCUUAAUGUUAUCGAUGUAGAAUCUUAAGAAAAAUAAUAAAUUUUAGCUUAAUAGAAAUAUUUAAAAGUAAAGAGCAUAGAAGAUCUAAAAAAAAUAACUUGUUUUAUUCCAAAACUUAGAUUAGAAUUGUAUUUAUUUGAUUUUAUCAACUAGAUUAUAAAAUAAUUGGGAAGACAUAAGAAACAUAUUUCCAAAAUUUGUAGCUUUAAAUAAUUUAUAAAUUACAGCUAUAAGAUCUCCUUUAAAAGCUCAAGAUUUAGAAGAUAUUAUAGGUGCAAUAUAAUAUUUACCAAAAUUGGAGAAACUUAAAAUAAACUUAAUUGCUUCAAAUGCAAACGAAUUAACAUUAAAAUUAAUUCUAAAAAUUGUCAGCCAGAAAAAAUUGAUAGAAUUUGGAAUUUCCUUUGGAUACAGCUAAAUUUUAUCAGAUGAUUUUAUUAGACAAAUGAAUUAAUUCAAAGAGUAAUUAAAAGGAAUACAGAAGAUUUAUAUUAGUAAUCAGCUACAUGAAUUUACUGAAUAAUAAUAGAAUUUGCUUUAAUCAUACUUAAAUUAAAUUGAAUUUUUUGGGUGA